AUGACGAGCAAGCUAUUACUGGUUACGAAGAGGGGAUCAAAAUUCAAGUAUCACCCAUACACACUCUCGGGCCACAAAGACCCACUUGUUGGGGCAUAUUUCACAUCCUCCCUUAAAACCAUCGUUAGCGUCUCGCAAGAGGGUGCGCUUUUUCAUUGGAGGUGGAUUUCAAAGGAUCCUUCUGAAACUUCAUUUGAUAAUGUCGAUGGGGCAGACAAUUUUGAACUAAACGUUAGCGGCGAUCAGAGACAUCACAUUGAUGCAGUUGAUUCAGAUGAUCUUUUGUAUCCAUCUUCGUUGAUGAGUACGCAUCGCUGGGGUCUAGCUAAACGAGAAUUUAUGAAUUUGAUGAAUCGAGUAGUUGUUACUGCUUCUGCGUUCUGCGCAUCCAGGGAUCUUCUUGUCGUUGGUCUUUCCAAUGGGGUCUUUACAAUUUAUGACCUUUCUGGGGUCCAUAAUCCAGAAAACACGUGUGUUGUUUUGCAGUCAAUAUCUGCGUUCCAGGCACCUAUUUCUUCUGUUUCACUUUCUGCACGAGGCGAGUGGAUUGGUUUGGCGACGAAAGAACACGGAGAGCUUACGGUCUGGGAAUGGGGGUCUGAAUCGUUUCAACUUCGGCAAAAGAGCAUUGCUUUUGCUUCCCCUUCGAAUACAUCGAAUUUGCUUGCAACUUCGGCUAGGGGAGCCCUUGCAAUCAAUCUUGACGGUUCCAUAAUUGCCAGCAGCUCUUCUCGAGAUGGCGGUGUCAUCCUUUGGGAUGCCAUGACGAACUUUUCUUUCAUCACAUUGGGGGGGCAGACUCGCGAUUCUGAAACAAAGGACGCGAACCUCACCACUUCCCUUGCCUUUUGCAAACGGGGGAAAGUUAUUGUCGCUGGUUUUCAAGAUGGGACCAUUCGUGCUUUUGAUUUGCUUCGCUAUCGCAACUUUAGGACUCUGAGCAUGCCACCAUCCUCGAUGGGACCGAUUUCCUUGCUUGCGGCGGACCCCUUGGGCGAACUGGUGGCUGCAACGACAGAGACCCCUGUUUCUGCAGCAAUUGGCGCUCCUUUUAGCAUUUUUGUGUGGAGCAUUUCUACGGGAAACGUUGUUGAUGUCCUUGGUGGCCAUCAAAGCACGAUUACAGCCUUGGUCAUCGAUCCAAUUGCCGGGAAGUGGAUCAUCACAGGUUCCAUGGACAAGACCGUACGGCUUUGGGAUAUUUUGGGGAGCUCUUCAGAAGGAGGGUCAGCAACAGCCACGGCCGUCAUCACACUUGGGUCAGAAGUUUUAGCCAUUUCAGCCCGCCCAGAUGCAAGCGAGGUUGCCAUUUCACUCUUGUCGGGGGCUGUUAUUUUUUGCGACACAGAGAGUCUUACCCAGAUUUCGUCCAUUGAGCCCGAUGCAAUGCCACGAGGAUCUGCACUGCAACUUUCCAAAGCGGCAUCUACCAAUUGCUUUCGCACACUAACUUAUAGCCCGGAUUCGGCGCUCUUGUUUGCAGCGGGAUCCUGUGGGGUUAUCAGCGUCUUUGGCAUGGAAGCCGCCCACCGUCCCUAUCUCAAGGGAAUCCCAAUCCACCCUGCUGCUGUCCCUUCCCCGUCGACAUCAUCGGAUGUUGUUGUUAUUGAGACUCUAGUUGCUUCUGGAAGCUCCAUUUCUGCCCUAGUGCAGGGCGAGGGUAUUUACGUUUUCUCUUUGGAUGAGUCGCUAAUGUUUGAUCCCUUUGACCUCUCUUUUGAGGUGACUUCGACCACAGCAUUGGCCACACUUAUGGCAGCCAUUGGUGAAAACAAAGAUCCCUCAAUGGCAACCACAGCCCUUGUCAUAGCCCUGAAGCUCAACGAUGUGCCCUUACAAAACCACAUGAUAAACACCAUUGGCGCCUCUAAAGAAAUACCGAUCCGCGCCGUUUCGGCUCUGAUGUCUCCCAGCUGGGCCCUUCGUCUUUUAAAUGCCCUUGCCGUGUAUGCAGAGUCACAAAAUAACAACCUCCAGCUUUUGCUGGAGUGGAUCAACGCGCUACUCUCUGUUCAUGCUACAAUAAUCCGAAGGUGUAUCCAAAACAGAAGAAUUCUCCCCGGAUCAUCCAACAUGCCAAGACACUCCAGCAGCAGCAUCGCCACAGCACUGCGGCGCAUCGAAUCUGUGAUCAUCAAAAGCUACACACCCAUAUUGAGGAAGGCUUUGGACAACAUCGAGAAUAUUUCCACGCUGCCCCUGCUUGUCAGCCUUGCCUCGCUUUCGAUUGCACAGGAUUAA